AUGAAGGAAAUUGAUGAGAGGGAAAAGGUGAUAAGUGACCCGAAAUCAAUUGUCCCGGCGGCAUUCGUUUCGUUCAAGUCUCGAUGGGGGGCGGCCGUUUGUGCACAAACCCAACAAUCACGCAAUCCGACUUUGUGGCUGACGGAAUGGGCACCCGAACCAUGUGACGUUUAUUGGGACAAUCUUGCAAUGCCAUACGUUCAACUCACAGUCAAACAAUUGAUAAUAGCCGUAACUAUGUUCUUCCUCACGUUCUUCUUCAUGAUUCCUAUAGCAUUCGUUCAGUCCUUGGCUAGCAUUGAGGGCAUUCAGAAGGUUCUCGUCUUCCUACGACCAUUGAUUCGAAUGAAACGAGUGAAGUCAGUUGUUCAAGGUUUUCUUCCUGGAAUUGCGCUGAAGAUGUUCACGGCGAGCCUCCCGACAAUUCUCGUGCAAAUGUCCAAAAUGGAAGGGCACACAUGUCAUUCGGCUUUGGACAGACGAACAGCUGGAAAGUAUCACUUAUUCGUACUCGUUAACGUCUUCUUGGGAAGCAUCAUCACAGGAGCAGCAUUCGACCAGCUUUAUGCGUUUCUUAACGAGGCUCCAUCAUCUAUUCCGAAGACUGUCGGUGUAGCGAUCCCAAUGAAAGCGACUUUCUUUAUUACUUACAUUAUGGUUGAUGGAUGGGCUGGAAUUGCUGCAGAGAUCAUUAGAGUGGUUCCGUUAAUCAAAUUUCACUUCAAAAACACCUUCUUUGUAAAGACGAAACAGGAUAAAGAAGAAGCAAUGGAUCCCGGUUCUUUAAGUUUUGCUACAACAGAACCUCGCAUACAACUAUACUUCUUGCUUGGCCUCGUAUACUCAGUAGCCACUCCCAUAAUUUUGCCUUUCAUUCUUGUUUUCUUUGCAUUUUCCUAUACAGUUUAUCGCCAUCAAAUUAUCAAUGUAUAUGAUCAGAAUUACGAGAGUGGGGGUAGAUUUUGGCCGGAUGUGCAUCGUCGUAUUAUAAUAAGUUUGAUAAUAUCACAAGUUCUGCUAAUGGGACUGCUUAGCACAAAGAAUGCCGCUAAGUCGACUCCAUUGUUGCUCGUACUCGCUCUCUUCACAAUCUGGUUUCAUAUAUUUUGCAAGGGCCGAUUUGAGUCAGCAUUCGUCAAGUUCCCACUGCAGGAAGCGAUGAAAAAGGACACGACAGAAAGGGCUAAAGAGCCGAAGCUGGACUUGAAAGCUUACCUUAGGGAUGCGUACGUACACCCUGCGUUGAAAGGAGCGGAGAUUGAGCGGCCAGCAGCAGUCGACGAAGAGGAGAAAAAUCCACUUGUUUCUACAAAGAGAAGGACUAGCAAAUCGAGUUCCGGUAGCUUUGGUGCUGAAGAUGCUAUUGAAGAAUUGCUUUCCUAUUUGUGAGGGAUUAAACUGCACUUCUUACACUUAGUCUUAGUGCACACCCCCUCUCUAACAUAUUGUGUUAAUAUUAGAGAAAGUGGCAUAAUUACUGAAUGUGUGUAAUAAGUUUUGUAAG